GACGAUCAAAAAUGGUCCAUGGGUGAAUGAUCUCCCCAUGACAUCGUGUCAGUUUUGAUUUCCCCGUCCGUCAAUAUGAUACAACAAAACGUAAACCUACUGAGAUUUAUUAACCAAAUUUCAUUAUAUAAUUUUAUUGUAAUCUAAUCGUUACCUUAAGGCUUCAUUCCAACAGAGUCAUAGGUUUUGCAAUGCGGGUAAUACGGGAAUUGCGUUGUUAGCAUCUUGCCUAGAUUUGACGUCACAAGGCGCAUGGGAUUAAGGGACAGGGGGUGUCAACAUAUCUUCAAUUAUUGACUUCCUCAAAAUUAACAAGCUAACUAAUUGGAACCCCGACAUUCAGUCGCAAAUCUAAAGGCACCUUUGGGGAAUGUUAUCCCCUUUUUCCUUUUAACUGCUUUACUUUUGUUUAUUCAUGAGGGAAAGACGACGGUCGCAGUUAACCUAUUGAUAAAUAAACAUCGCGGUGUUGAUGAACUCGUGCGUUAGGGUUCUAUCAGUCAGUUAGUUGGUCGUCAGGCAAAAGAUGUUCAGUCGAAUUGAUAUUGAUUGUGUUGAAAUGUAGAAUUCUUGUAAUGAGUAUCAUUGAGUGCAGUUUUGCUCUUGUGUGCAUCGAGGACUGUGUCUACAAAGAUGAAACACACCAAUGAAUUUGAUUCUACAGUAUCACAUGGUUGGGUCCCGGUAACUGCUGGCGAACUUCCACCCGUUCCACACAGUAGAAGGAAAACCUCAGACGAAAUCAUAACGCUGAACGUUAGUGGAUCAAGAUUUCAAACAUGGAAACAAACACUAGAAAAAUAUCCAGAGACAAUGUUGGGUAGUUCUGAAAAAGACUUUUUUUACGACGAGGAAACUAAAGAAUACUUUUUUGACAGAGACUCAGAGAUAUUCCGACAUAUUCUCCAAUUUUAUAGAACAGGUAGAAUGCACUUUCCGCGCACGGAAUGCAUUUCGGCCAUAGACGACGAACUUGCGUUUUUUGGUAUCAUACCCGAAAUGAUUGGGGAUUGCUGUUACGAGGAUUACAGAGACAGAAAACGGGAAAACCAAGAGCGUUUAGUCGAUGAUAAACCAGAAAAUGGUGCGUUGGAUGGACCCGGAGGAAUACUAAACGGAGGACCCAUAAAACCUCGUUUACCACUUAGAAAGCGUAUAUGGGCCGCUUUUGAAAAUCCUCAUGCCAGUACUCCGGCACUUGUUUUUUAUUACGUUACUGGGUUUUUCAUAGCCGUAUCGGUGUUUGCUAAUAUUGUGGAGACAAUACCGUGCGGUAAACCUCCAGGCUCAGUAGAGGUUUUGCCAUGUAGCGACCGGUAUCAGCUAGUAUUUUUCUGUUUGGACACUGCUUGCGUUAUGAUUUUCACAUUUGAAUAUUCUUUGCGUUUAUUUGCGGCACCUAACCGGUGUAAGUUCAUGCGUUCAGUCAUGAGUAUUAUAGACGUUGUAGCCAUUUUGCCGUAUUAUAUCGGCCUCAUUAUCACUGAUAACGAAGAUGUCAGUGGAGCAUUUGUUACCCUAAGAGUGUUUCGAGUCUUCCGAAUCUUCAAAUUUUCAAGGCAUUCACAGGGUUUACGAAUCAUUGGUUAUACGUUGAAAAGUUGUGCCAGUGAGUUGGGUUUUCUUCUCUUCUCUCUAACAAUGGCUAUCAUAAUUUUUGCCACGGUAAUGUUCUACGCUGAGAAAGGAACCGACGAUACAACAUUUACUAGUAUACCCAUGUCUUUUUGGUAUACCAUCGUUACUAUGACAACGUUGGGAUAUGGAGACAUGGUUCCAAAAACUAUAGCUGGAAUGAUCUUCGGCAGUGUAUGUUCUCUGAGUGGCGUGUUGGUAAUUGCUCUUCCAGUUCCUGUUAUUGUGUCAAAUUUUAGCAGAAUAUACAGUCAAAAUCAAAGGGCUGAUAAGAGAAGAGCACAAAAGAGGGCAAGACUAGCUCGCAUCAAAGCCGGGAAAAAUUUUGGAAUGAGGCCGAAAAUGAACGGUGAUGGAAAUAAUGGACCACCUCCAGACGAGGGUGGUGGAACUGAAAUAUCGAAGUCAGUCAAUAGAAAUAACAACAAGUUCGAAAAUGAACACUGUCAUUUGUUGGAGUGUUUGGAAACAGCCACACGUGGAACAUUGGUCGAGGAGUCAAAACACAGCCCUAAAUUCGUUGCCACUGCAGCGAGCACCUCAACAGGGCCGCUGGAGGCAGGUGUUGUUAGAAGUCCGCCCGACUAUCCUGCAGCGGAUUUCCAAUCUUCAUCGCCAACUCUGUCGAACAAUCCUUAUUGUAAUCGCCAUGAUCAUACAACGGCAAUAAUGCCAAACUGUUACAAUUCCGAGCAAGGGCGGAGAAUGUCUCGAGCAUCGUCAUCUGGGAGUCAAUCACUGGCAUCGAGAAGCGGUCAUGAGUUGAACACAAUGAUCAGAGACACUGGCGAUAAUUCAACUUCUGCGCAUCCUAAUAUGCCUUCCCGCGUAUCACAAAGAAAAAGAUCGUCCGAAGGCCGUCUAUUUGAUGAAAUAUCUCGACGUGCGGCCGCGAUACGACGUAAUGAUGAUUCUGUUCGGACGACAACAAAACGUCCUAUGUAUCGACACAGUUCGGAUGCUGACAGGGGAUUUGGCAGUAGAGAGGAUUUUGAUGAAAGCAUGGCACAGUUGAACCCUUCAACUGCCAUCAUAACGGUAGAUGAAGCAAGCCCAAAUCCAUCUCAACUCGAAUCCGAACGUAAUGUAUAUUCUCCUCUCCAUUUGGAAGAUUUUCCUCACAGCCAUCCAUGCGUAGAGCCAUAUCAUCUUCACGUACCAAGCGUUCUCUCCACCGACGGUUCCGGAUCUUCCUCGACUUCAACUUCCGGGGUAGUUGGGUCAACCGCGUCUUCUGAGCUUUAUCCAGUUGCAGUCACGCCAACCGGGACAGAAGAACGUACUCUUUUAUCACUGCCUCGUUCAUCGCCCACCAAUUCCCCUUCUAAUUCUUUGUCAGCUUCACCCAGCUCUGUUGGCGGUUUUGGUUAUCGACAGCAGUCUUGUUCGCCACAACACUUUCCCACCGAUACCAUUAGAAAUUACAAAUAUGAGGAUGGCAUUUAUGGCAUAGCACCGCCAACAAAAUCUAUCACAAUGCCAUCUAUACACAAAUCCCGCUACGACGGAGUUAUACCGGAUAGUGAAAGCGCUCAGUCGAAUGUAUAUCACACCACAUUUCCCUCAUAUGAACUAAAGUCCCCAUAUGCAGGCGAUAAUUUCAACUCGAAUCCCAUUGGCAGAAGGAGAGCUUCGUCGCUGGAGCGCCGCGAAAUGAAUGAUUUCCCGGAUUUAGAGGAACCACAAGAAAAUGCCAUGAAAGUCACACCAUUGUAGGUAACAAAAGAACAAAACGUUUUUAUCUUUAUUGCGUUGUUGAAAUUGGAAAAAGGGUGUCAAAAGAACGGAUUCCAACCUACGUGCGGAUUAGGAAUCACAAUUUACUGAUAUAUGUAUAUCCUCAAAAAUACCGCAAAAGCUGUAAUGAAAAGUGGUGGAAAUGGUCGCUGAAAGAACUUUGAAACGGUUGAGUACACAAGGUGCUUAGGCCUGAAAAGAUAACUUCUAAUACAUAUAUAUUUUUUGUAAGUUCGAUAUUUUUUUAUUCUAAAAAUAUUUUGGAGUUACUUACUUUAAAGUAGUAAUCACAAUUUUGUACCGCUGCCCAUGCGUGAGAAUUAUCCGGGCUGGGCUGGUCCUGCAAGCGAGAACUCUGUUAUUGACUUUGCUUGCCGAAGUCAAUAUAAAUUAAAAUUAUUUAGCUUCAAUUCGUUCGAUUUUAGACAAUUUUUUUUUGCAUAUUUUUUGUAAACCAUUUUGAAAUUACUCUUUCUGCUGUAAUAGGAAUAUAAGCCGACUAUAGCGCGUAUUCAUUUAGUGUGAGCGAGAUAGCUUUCAAAAAGAAUUUCUUCCCAUUUCAGAUGAUAUUGUGAUGAUUGUUGGUAACUAUUCAACCAAAAUAUAUUCAAUGCUUUUUCGUUCUAACAAAGGUUGGUCAGAUAUUGUUAAAGACAUUUACAUAUGCCUCGUCUACUCCAUAUUAACUCACUCGAUUUAGAAUAAACAAAAUUCAUUCAGUGGUCAGUUUGUAAAGGAAUAUCCCUUUAUUUUGAGAUCUUCAGAUUAGGUGUAAAAAUAUGGUGGCUACUAAUAUAAUUGUACGCGUUUCCUUACUUCGUUUUUCCUUCUAUUACAAGAUCGAUUUGAUUUCUAGAGUGACAUGAUACGUCCAACAAAUAAUUAUUUUCGUUUCCAAAAAAUAAAAUAAAAAUUUAUUACUUUUACGAGAAAUCGCUUUAUAAUGGGUCCCAUUUUGCGAAAGCUUUUAUCGGGUUGCUUAUAUUUCGUGUAACUGUCGCUUCAUGGUAGUAAAAUGCAUUUCGUCCCAAUUGCCGCAAAUGUCCCAAGCGAGUAGUAUCCCGUGUAAUUGCUUUCAUCGGAACGAAUCUCAUUGAUUUUGCUGCCAUUAUGUUUUAUGCUCUAACCAACGACAAGUUUAUUGAGUGCGUUAAUGUCUAGAUUAUUGAAUUUCUAUACAUUUAUAGUCAAUUUGAUGAGUUGUAUUAUAUAAAUGUGUAGAAUGUAAAUUCGGAAACUGAAAAUUUUGUUCAAAAUGCAUAUACUUAAUGUAUUGCAACGCAAACUCUAUAAAAGACUGUUUUGGUUAAAGAUUACAUACAGACAAAGACACUGUUACACAUAUAAGUAGUAUUAAAAAAUUCAAUGGUUUUAUAUCUAAAUGAAGAUAGUGAAAUCACUAAUGCCAUACUUUCGAACAUAUAAAACAUAAUUUUACAAUCACCUUUACGUUUGUUUCGCUCAUGUUCGUUCUGCUUGAACGUAAGAGCGAGAUAUAUAAUUAAAUUUUAUUUUCAAUUUUGAAAUUAUAUGAUAUUUUCGGUUUGCUCAACUGAUUGAUUUUGCUGUCAAAAUUCAAUGAAACCCCACAUGAAAUGCGCAUGAAUGGCUCGGAAUAUUCCGGAAAAUCGUCAGAUUUAUCCACUUCACAAUGCUCUGUUUCAUCAUUUGAGCCCAUUAGUUAAUUGAAAUCUUCUUUAAACCGCAUUCGCAAUACUGUCAGUUACGAAAACGGAAAUGUGAUUAUAUAAUUAUUAAAUUUAAAGCAUGAAAUGAAAAUUAUAUUAAGCUAGAACUAUUGUACCACACAAAUUAUUUUAAAAUGGCGACUUGUGACCUCAAAACAGAUAUUAUUCAGCUUUUUGUCAGCCCCAAUUACUGCUUUCAUCGCAUCCAUUUCCCUUCAGGUCAAACCUAUUAUAUAUGUCAUUUUUAGGUAGGAAUUUUGAGCCAACAAGGCUGAAAUUAGUCGUUUGUUUAUAUGUAAAUGAGCUGUCUUGUUACCUUUACACCUAUUUGCACUUUCAAUUGCACUAUAUAAUACUCAUAUAUAUCCAUUUCUUUCUUGUGCGUCGUGAAUUCAUUGUUAUUGUGUUUUUACAUUACGAUGUAAGGUGGGAAACCUACUGUUGGCAAUUUGAUCACGUUUUAACCUUUUAAACGUAUGCUGAACCAACGAUUUUAAUAUACUUACUUUACCGUCUACUACUUACUUUAACAUAGCACAAAUCACCAAAUCCGAGCACCCCUCUCCAAAUAGCUUUUCGCACAAAAGAUCUUCGAGCAAAAAUACAGCUUCCGAUUGGUCAUAAAUUAAUUCCUAAUCAAAAAUAAAGUUUGUUUUUGUCAUGCUUAGUAUAUUAUGAUACGUUAAAGCCCUUGAACUUUUUUGGGUUAAACAGGCUCGUUAUUUGUGUACCUAAAGCUGUUGUCGGACGACCAUAUUGUGUCAAGCCCUGCAACUAAUAUAAUAUAUAUAUAUAAUAAUAUUAUUACUAUUGAUUUCACCUGACUGUAUUUUUGUCUUUCCGUUUUUUAUCGAUGUCAUUCUGAUUAUAAUUCUUCUUAUUAUUAUCUUAUUGAAAUACAUAACGUGCUGCAGUCGUGCUACGACCCCAUUUUCGAACAUAAAUGCAAUAUUAUAAAUAAAUUAUUGAUAUCGAAA